AUGUUAGGAUUUGUUGAGGGGGUUCUUGAAGGAUGUACAGUAGAUGCUAUGUCUGAAUCCGAAAAGCACUUUGUAAGUCAUGUCCUAUCAUUUUUUGCUGCAUCUGAUGGGAUUGUUUUGGAGACAUAUUUCAAGGAUUCAAGGGAGAAACAUAGAUUGUUCAAUGAAAUUGAAAGCGAAGGAAGGCUAAGUGGGCUUUGGAUUGGAUACACAGAGAGACUUGUUGCUCUUGCAUGUGUUGAAGGAAUCUUCUUCUUCGAAAGCUUCUGCGCCAUAUUCUGGUUUAAAAAGAGGGGGCUAAUGCCAGGUUUGACAUUCUCACAUGAGCUUAUUUCCAGAGACUCCACUGUGAUUUUGCUUGUCUUCUGUACAGUUUGUUGGGGAAGCAAUUGCCUUGGCAAAAAGUUCAUGGCAUUGUACAUGAAGCUGUCGAGAUUGAGACCGAGUUUGUUUGAGGCCCACCCAUGUGCAUUGAUUGGCAUGAACUCAGAUCUCAUGAGCCAGUACAUAAAAUUUGUUGUUGAUCGACUCUUGGUAUAUCUCUGA